GUGCACUUCGGAUUGAUAAGAGCAUUAGAAGAGUGACAUUCUACGGACCAGCAUGUCACGUGCGACGGAGGAACGUAAGCUGAAGCAUCUUUUCGAUGGCGGCGCUUGGAAUGUCUAUGAUCCAAACAUCCUCAAUUUGGGCGUCGGAGCACCGGGCACGGAUCUUCUUGAGAGCUGCUGCGAUAUCUUUCAGCAGGCCACGGAACAUUGUCUGCAACAUGAAAAGAACGAAAAUCAGUCGCUGAUCUUUCAGUAUGGACCCACCUGCGGAUGCUUUGAGGUGCGUCGUGAGAUAGCCACCUACUUCAGCGCCAUGUACGAAAGUACCGUCAACUGUGAGGAUUUGAUUAUUACGGCUGGUGCCACCAACGGUUUACAUUUGCUGCUGUCGACGUUGAUUGACUUCCAGGGCAUUAUAUUUGUGGAUGAGUUCACCUAUAUGAUAGCCCUGGACUGCAUGAAGCACUUCACCAGUCUGACCAUUGUGCCAGUCAAGCUGAAUGAUGAUGGGGUUGAUCUGCAGGAUCUGGGCGAAAAGGUGGCCAAGCACAGAUUCAGCUCGCAGAGCAAGGAGUUCUGGGGAAUGUACUACACCAUUCCGACCUACCACAACCCCACGGGCAUAUUGUUCUCGCCAGAGGUUUGUCGAGGCAUUGUGCAGCUCGCCAGGAAGUAUGACCUUCUCGUUGUGUGCGACGAUGUGUACAACAUCUUGCACUAUGGCGAGAGGCCUGAGGCGCGUCUGCUCUCGUAUGAUGCUCGCUCGGAUGUUGACUAUGCUGGUCAUGUCAUAUCCAACUGCAGUUUCUCCAAAAUUCUCGGUCCUGGAUUGCGUCUGGGCUGGCUGGAGGUGCCGCCGCGCAUUAAGCCCUUGCUAGAGGGCAGUGGCUUCGCCAACAGCGGCGGUUGUUUCAACAACUACACCGCCGGCAUUGUAGGUAGUCUGUUCAAGCUGAAUCUGGCCCAGAAGCAGAUAGCUUGUUUCCACGAGACCUACAAGGAGCGCAUGCUGGCCGCCACAAAGACGCUCAGAGCGGAGCUGCCCGGGGACUGCAAAUUGAUGAGCCCCAGCGGUGGAUACUUCAUUUGGAUACGGCUGCCAGAGUUUUUGGAUGCCAGAGAAUUUCUGAAAUACAGCCUGGAGCAUCAGAGGAUUGCGUUUAUAGCUGGGCCUCGUUUCGCCGCGGAUGGGGAGAGUGGUAAGCAAUUCUUUCGUUUAUCCAUAGGCUUCCACGGCAAGGCGAAGCUUGUAGACGGAGCCCGGCGUCUCUGCCAGGCACUUAAGGAUUAUAUGAUGUCUGUGCCUGUCCCUAACCAACCGCAAGGCGUAUCUUAAUAUGGCAAAAAAGGUUUAUGUUUAUUCAUAUUGUUGUCCGCUAUCAUCAUACGUUAAAUAAGGCUUAUAAAGAUGUGACUUGGCACUAAACUACUUAUCAAGAAUGUUAUAAACUACAUUAUACGUUAUGAAAAAAUAUAC